AUGUUAAUUUUAUUGAUAAUCGAAUCAAUAUUCCUUGUUGCAUAUUUAUGGUAUGUAAUACAUAGUCAUGCUUCAAAACAAGUAAAUUUCUAUGUUAAAACCUUAACAUUAAUCUCUUGGUUGAUUUCAUUUAGUUUGGUAAUAAUCUUACCAUUGGACAUCUACAAAGUAAAUGUUGAAUGAUAAUUAGAAUGAAUAAAAUUUGGAGGAUACUAAAAUAGAAAUUAUUUGGGUUGUUUUAUAUUGGGUAACAUUUUUAUUAACAUGGUAAUUAUAAUUGUAUUCUAUAUUAUAGGUUUUUUCUUCCAAUCACUUUAGACUAUGAAGCUGCAGGAGAAUUCACUUUUAAAUAAAAACUUAUUAAAGCAAUUAAAAUAAAUUUGAUAACAUAUGCAAUAUUUGGUGUUUUAGGAUUCGGAUUUACAAUAUAUUUGCUAGUUGAGAAAUCAUUUACAUUUCAGGCUUUGUUAGCAUUUACAGUAGUAUUGAGUAAUGCAUUGUAUAAAAUUAAUUAAUCUUUAGAGGAUUGUUGAUUGUUACUUUUCUAUUAGGAUAUGCAAUAGUUGCUAUUCCAAAAUAAUAUUUUAGAGAAAGCAACCAUCAAAUAUAACUAAACUUAAAAUAUCAUUAAAUAAAUAAGACUAAAGAAUUACUUGAAAGAGAAUUGUUAGAUCUUGAUGAUUUGUUAAUUGAAAUUUUAUCUUAUGAAUCAAAAUACAAAUAUAAUGAAGAAUAUCAACCUUAUGUUUAAAAAAUACUUGAAUUAUUUACAAAAGAUUAGAUAGAUUCAGCAAAACUAAGUCGUUAAAGGAGUAAAAAUGAUUAAGGUUUAGAAGAUAUGAAUCUUGAUAAAUUUGCUGAGAUUCAUAAACGAGCAAAGGAAUUAUCAUAUGAUUGUGUAAGAAAUUCUAAGAAAUUGGAAAUAUUAACUACAUAAGCUCUAUUUAUAGAAGAUAUCAUUAAUUGUGAUAAUAGAGAAAAGAAAAUAACAUCAGCAAUAAGACCAUAAAGAAUUGGUUGUUUUGGAAAUUUUAUUGAUAAACUAUAAUAUUAUUGGUAUGCUAAAUUUUGGAAAAUUAUUAUGUACAGUGCUGCUAUAAUUUUUAUUUGUCUAGGUGGUUUAAUUACAUUAUCAGAAAUAGCAAUAUUUGGUAAUCUUAAAUUUAAUGUUUUCAUAUAUUUUAUAAAUGAUGAAGAAGAUUUUUAUGCAGUUUAAAUAUUAGUAUUAAUUCCUUUGCUUUUUGUAUUAUAUUGUGUAUAAUAUGGUCUUUUAAGUAUAAGAUUAAAUAGAUAUGGAUUUUAUGAUUAUGGGUUUACUGAUGGACCAUCUUUAAUCUUUUCAGCCACUUUUAUUUCAAGAAUUGCUUUUCCUUUAGCUUUUAAUUUUUUUUGGAUGUUUAAUGAAUCUGAUGCAGAUAUUGCAAAUGUUGUUGGAAAUUUCAAUUUUGAUCAAUAUUUAAGUAAUAAAUUGAUAUUAAUAAAUAGCCGAAUUCAAAUUAGCAUUUCCAAUUUUAUUAGUAAUUUUGAUAAUUUGUAAUAUAUUUGACAUAUAUGAUAAAUUAUUAGGAGCUUUAGGAUUUUAAAGAUUUUAAUUUGAAAUUGGAUUUGCAGAUGAACAUACCGAAGAAGGUCAAGAAUAUGUUUAAAAAUUUAGAUAGAAAUUAUCAAAAGCUUAAGCUCCAGGUUAAGAUCUUAAGCAACCUUUUUUAUGA